UUGCAGAAAGCAGACCCCCACACUUACUAGAGAUUAAUCAUAGACCUUCGACGUCUAAACAAAACACUACCUGUAAAACCGUUCAAGUUCGAGGGCUUUGGAACAUUUUUGCGCAUGAUAGGGAAAAGUUGGUGGACAGUUGUGCUAGACUUAAAAGAUGGUUACCACCAUAUAUUAAUGGAAGAAGAAGCUCAAAGGCUAUUGGGUUUCAGGCUACAGUCAAAUUGGUACCAUUACAGG